AUGGCUGCCCCUGCUCCGAACGCGGAGUGCCCUUGUGGCACUCCAUACUUCGACAAAAUCAUGCCGCACGUCAAGGAGGCCCAUGUCGCCGGCGAGACCGUGUUCUGCCCUGUUGCCAGGUGCGAAUGGACGGGAGGUCGCCACCGUGACGUCGUUGACCACCUCGUCCGGGUGCACUACUACUACCAGCCGAGCGACCCGAACAAGGGGACUUCGAAGAAGUCUCACCUCAAGCGGCUGGAGAAGCUCGUCCUGCUCGACCUGAUUGAGGAGGAAUACCUCAAACUGGAGUCCCAGAAGGACAAUGCUCGCGAGUUCGAGGAGCAGAUCGCGGCGGUGGACCCAACCUUCGUCUCACAGCACGGUCUUUCGACCGUUGCUGGAGAGCCUCUCGAAGAGCGGGAGCUGAAGACUCGCACCGACAAGUGGCUCGCCAACAAGCUAGGCGACAUCCGGGACCUUUCGAGGAAGUGGACCGAAGCCAUGGACUGGCUGAAGGAUGAGGCAGGUAGGCGGGGGAUUGAGGAGUGA